ACAGGCAUAGGGAAGCACAGAGUGCGAAGGUACCCCUGUUAGGAACAGUGUUGAUUUGGGGGUACAUGUCAUGCCUGUGGUAGCCCCAGAUGUCGCCGUCAGCACCUAUGGCUUGCUUGCACCAGCAACAAACUUGCUUUCACUCAGUAGUUUCCAUGAAGACACCAAUUCAGAGGAGAGACCCGUAGCGUACACCGAGCACACACACUGACCUGCUGUUUGGUAAAGCGCCUGGCAGUGUGGGCACCUGGUGUGGCAGAAUAUGGAAAACAAUGAGGGGUUUAAAUUGGCCAUUUUCCUCCUAGGAACAAGGCAGAAUUUACCAGCUGGUUCAGCACAAACCAGCAGCCUCCUCUCCUGCAAGGGCAACUUUCAAAUAGCCUGUAACAGCCACCAGCGCAAAGGACCAACACGAACCCGAACCAGAGUUUCUCAGAGGAGAAGGCUUACACCUUAACCAGUCCUCAAGUCCCAAUCAUUCAAAAACCUAAUUUAUAUUUGCCAUUAGUGCUCUCUUAACCUCUUCAUUCCCAUGGUGUGAGGCAGCCACAACUGAGUUUUCAUUGGAAUCUGCUUUCCUCCUCAAUCUAACUUCCAUUAAUUUCUGAGAUGCCCCCAUGCGUGGUGUUUUCAUUUUAAGCCAGGGGCUAUGAACUGAGCAGUACCAAGAAGUCAGGCAGGUGCUGAACAAGCAGCAAAAGUGCUAAUUCCCCACUUCAUCUCUCCCAGCCUGCCUUGGCACCAGGUUGCCUCUCCAGUCCUUCAGCCUGUGUGCCAUUGCUGCUGGCAGACGCAUCUGUACUGAUGGCUUUUACAUUUGUCCACUAGGGACCACACUGAGACCAGCAACCCUGAACUGACAGCAGAUGUUAACAAGCUUUGAUCCAUCUUGACCUGGGCUGUUUUUUAACCAACAACCAAGAAGAAAAAAGGCUCCAAGAUCUCAGCAGAGCACUAACAUCUCUGACCUGGGAUCUGGAGAUAUGCACGGUUUUACUGGAAAGCAAUGGUCUCCAGUAGCAUCCUCUCACCACCUCUCUUCCCCACAUCGCAGGCACUGUAAAUGCUGUACAAUGUUCACAUUUCUACUUCUCAGCAUUAUCGCAGGUCUUGCACACUUGCAAAUCUGGAUUGCAAUACCCUGAUAUCUGAAAACUAUAUUUUGCCUUUUGGGAAGUGCAGCAAAUACAAACCACGGUACAGUCCAUACCUCCCCCUCAUCUACUUUGUGCCACAUCUGCCUUACAGAGUUUUAUGAACUUUCAGCUUCCAAUCACUACUUCCACUAACUCCUGCGACAGCCUCAGCUUGUGGUGGGGGCGGAUGCUGUCGCGUUCUUCUUGCCGUUCACAUCAGUCUGAGAGCUACUGCACCUUCCGUUCCCGGGAGUGAUUUUCUCCUUAGUUUGAAAACAAUGUGUGAAACCCUGCUCUGCAGAAACAGUAGCCUCAGUAAGUUUAAGGAUGCCUGAAGCUAUUUCCUCUCCCGGGGAGGUUUAAAAGCUAAGGAGGGAUGAAUGGGGUUAGACCUAUCGCUGCAUUUCUAGCAGCCAUCCUAUUACAGCACUGAAUAAAAGCAGGAACGGCAUGUCUAGCCUAGGUUAAUAAACCCUACUGAGUGCAUGCCUUAAAAGCACUACGAAACAGCCUUAAGUCAGCUUGAGAUAACUAAUUUCAAGCAUGGCUGUCUAGUGUGCCUGUCAUUCCUAUUGUCCUUCCAAACUAUUUCAGACAUUUUGAGCAGGGAGUACUAAGCUAUGAGUUAGCAGGGGUUGUGACAUUAAUGGUCCAAAAAGGUUUAAGCACCAGGAGGGAACAAUGACAUCGCUUAACAACUGGUGGCAGUUCGGAGGAUUUCGCUGGAUCUCUGUUUAUUAAUAAUUAGGCUUCGCCUCGGAGGAAGAUGUGACAACUAUCGGAGGUCCUUCCAUCGUCCCACUGCAGCGAGCAAAGCCAACACUGGGCAACCCUCUAAAAUGUUUAUUUGGACCAGUGGCCGGAGCUCUACAUCUUACAGACAUGAUGAGAAAAGAAAUAUUUACCAAAAAAUCAGGGAUCAUGAUCUACUGGACAAAAGGAAAACAGUCACAGCCCUAAAAGCUGGAGAAGAUCGGGCCAUACUCCUCGGGCUGGCCAUGAUGGUGUGCUCUAUCAUGAUGUACUUUCUCCUGGGAAUCACCCUGCUGCGGUCUUACAUGCAAAGUGUCUGGACAGAAGAGGCUCAGUGCUCACUUCUCAAUGCAUCCAUCACAGAAACCUUCAACUGCUCAUUUAGCUGCGGUCCAGACUGCUGGAAAAUCUCUCAGUACCCCUGCCUCCAGGUGUACGUUAAUCUCACCUCUUCUGGCCAGAAGCUUCUGCUCUAUCACACUGAAGAAACAAUGAAAAUUAAUUCUGAGUGUUCAUACAUACCCAAGUGCAGCAAGAAUUAUGAGGAAUCCAUGUCAGUGGUGAACGUCGUGAUGGAAAAUUUCAGAAAGUACCAACGCUUCUCCUGCUUCUAUGACCCCGAAGGCAUUCAGAAGAACGUGAUAUUAACCAAACUGUACAGCUCCAAUGUUCUGUUCCACUCCCUCUUCUGGCCCACCUGCAUGAUGAUCGGCGGGGUUGCCAUCGUCGCGAUGGUAAAGCUGACUCAAUACCUUUCCCUCCUCUGUGAGAGAAUCCAAAGGAUCAACAGAUAAAAAUGAACACUUCUCUGAGAUUUAAUUACAGUGAAAAUACUGUUUUCUCAUUCUUCACCAAAGAACCUUAAGUUUGUAAUGUGCAAGUCUGUUAUAAGUUCCUUACUAUAUUCUUAUAAGUAGAGCAAUAAUGCAAAAGCUGUUCUAUAUGCAAACAUGAUGUUAUUAUUAUGCAGACAACUGAAAAAAAAUACUGUUUUGUGUUGACUGUCUAUAUGAUCUUGUUUUAUGCUGAGACUAGUACUUCUUUCUUUUCUAUGGCCAAAAUAGGGCUCCGUGUGACUAUUUGCCAAGCUUAGUCAAUUGACAUUUCCAAUGUAAAGGAUUCUGGGGAAAAUUCGCCACUGGACAAAGGGUAGCCAACCACUUGUGCAUCACUGAGGUCUAACAUCUGGCUCAGUCCAUUUAAUGGAUUUGUGGUUUUACUUUUUUAUUAUUGGUUGCAAGGUGGGGCGGGUGGGGUGGGAAAUCAAAACAUUGAUAGGGGUUUUUUACAGUAAGAUGGCACAAAAGGGACAUAUUUUGAGGUUAGGAUAAGCAUACAGUAUUUUCAGACUAAGUAGGACUUGGUGAUGCAUUGUGUUUGCUCCCUCAGUUCAGAAGUAAAUUUUACCCUAUGGUAUUUAAGGUCUCUUGGAAAAUACUCUGGAUUUUUAUUUUAUUUAGUGCUAUAAUUUCCUCUGUCUUAUCAACAUCAUCUUUGUCACUUGCAAAAGCCGCAGCCAAAAAACAAAACUCACCUUGUUCCAUUUUCUAUUCUAGUUAGAGCCCUAUUGAUGAAGAUGGGACCAGAACACCUUAUAUAAAGGAUUAUUAUUCAUUUGUCUUGUAUUUGCUACCAUAUCACUGUAAAGGAAAAAAUAACACAAUCAGCUAUUUUUUCAUUUUUUACUUCCAACUAUUUUAGAUUUUUUUACUUGAUAUAUAUACAGAUAUAUAUAUAAAGAAAAAGAUAUAUUAUAUCUAGUUGUGUAUUGGAACUUGAUUAUGGGGAUUUUUUUCUUUGUUUUUACCAACUGGAAAGUGAACAGUAUACAUUCAUGUAUUUAUAACCUUCAUCCUUGAAUAAUAUCAUAACAUGGAAGAGCAGCACUGUAGGAUCUUAUCCAAUAUUCAUGAUGUUGUUUCAGUCAAAGGUCUCUGUUGCUGUGACAUUGGAAUUGACAAAAACCUCAUCCAAUUCUAUGUCUCUAUUAACUGAAUGGUUAGAUAAUCAUCAUAAUACAUCUAGAAAUCUCUCCUGACCUUAACUCAGUAUGCAGUGCUGGAUGAUGUGAAUUAUGAUUUAAAAGGUCCAGGUGCAACGAUUUAUAGGAAAAACUGAGAUUCUGACUAAGAUGUCCUAUCUGUCAAAUAUUUACCAUGGGGACCUUGCCAGUAUAAUUUCAUGCACACUACAGUCACGAUUUCUGUAUCAUUUCUUUUUAUUCCCCUGUAGAAAGCAUUCCUUCUUAUGUUAUGUUUAAAAGACACCUCUCACAGUUUCUCACUUUGCACUCAGCCUGAAGGACAAAUGCAAGGCAGCUCCUGUGAGCACCCUGUGAACUCACUAUCCAGUAGCUCAAAGAAACCAUUUACAGGCCCAUUCAAACCAAGAAACUAACUUUUUUUCCCCUCAAAAAGACUGCAAAGCAAGUAUUCUGCUUAGUUCAUCUAUAUAUAAGUACCUUUCAGCAAUGUAGCAUUAAAAAUUUCAAAACUUUACAAGUCAUGCAAGUGUAACGUGAGCUGUAAAAAAAAUGAGUUCUCAGCAGUGAAAAUGAACCUGCAAUCUUGUAAUCAGUAGUAUAAUUUUACUUAGGUAAAUAAAUUCCUGGAGGGUGGGGGUAUAAUCAGGGCUCCAAAAAUAUAUAAUAAAAAUAUUAAAUUAAA